ACACUCGCUGCCAAUUCCUGGUUGCCCAUCCGCGCGCAAGACAAUUGGAAUGAGGUUUUGGACACAAGUCUUGAAAAUAAGAUUGAGUCUAGUCUGCACUUAGCAGACCCCUCUCCGCCGAUAUGUUUGUCCUUCCGCCUCCGCCAAGAUAUCCCUCCCAAGCCGCAUACAAUCUCGCAGUUGCAAAUGGACAGGCGGCUCCCAUGAUCGAAACGAAUAAUAUCCUGACCCAUCCAACGGGGCCCGAGUACCAGCUAGUCGUGGGUGAAGGAACCUAUAUUCUUAAAGAAGACUUACACCUUGCGACACCGCCGCCUCACCCCUCAGAAGCUCCAAUUAUAAAUCCGAAUCCUCUGGCAACAACGCCCCAACCAGCGACAGCCGGCACCAAAAUCUCCCUAUUGUCCUUCAGCUCACGGAGCUCAGCGCCUUUGCUGUAUAAGAUCGGCACAAACGGAAGCACAACAUCAGGGGGCCUUCAAAGUAGUAUACAAGAGCACCCCAAUGAAGGUCGGGACUCUGCAGAUGUGAUUCCUGGGAGCAGCGAUGGAGGGGGAACGUCGAUAACAGGCAGUGCAAGAGCUGCUCUCUCUAUCGGGUCUGCCCCAGCCUUUGGUGAAGGCAAUUCGAUGCUCUCGGCAACUGGCAAAGACGCUGGCAAGCGAAGGAAACCAAAGAACAAUAUCGCGAAAAGUAAUUCGUCUUUCAUCUCCAGAUGCAUAGUUCAUGAGAAUAUGGCGAAACGAUUGGUAGACCGUCCGUCUGAUGGCUAUUUUGCUUUUGCCAAUAUCAAUCGAGCCUUUCAGUGGCUUGAUUUAUCCUCACCUCAGAAGGCAGAUCAUUUGACAAAGAUUUUGUUCACCAAAGGGCAUUGUCUUUGCCAUGAUAUUAAUCAGGUAACCAAGGGUCCGAGCCAUAUCGAUCUGAUUAUGGGUUUCUCGACAGGUGAAAUAAUCUGGUUUGAACCUAUAUCACAAAAAUAUACCCGACUGAAUAAGAAUGGCAUCAUCAAUGCGACUCCAGUUUCAGAAAUCCGUUGGAUACCUGGGUCAGAAAAUUUAUUCUUGGCUGCACAUAUGGACGGUUCCCUAGUCGUUUAUGACAAAGAGAAAGAUGACUCGGCAUUCUUACCAGAGGAGAAUGGAGGCCAAACUAAUGGCAACUCCGAAAAGACCAACGGCAAUGGUCAUAAUGGGUUUGGCGAACAUGCAGCUAAACUUCACGUCGACAAAUCUGUGCACUCCAAGAAUCAGAAAUUCAAUCCAGUCUCGUUCUGGAAACUGUCGAACCAGAGAAUCAAUGCUUUCGCCUUUUCUCCAGACAACAGACAUCUUGCCGUGGUGUCCGAGGACGGGACGUUACGUAUAAUUGACUAUUUAAAAGAACAGCUACUUGAUCUAUAUGCUAGCUACUAUGGGGGAUUCAUAUGCGUCUGUUGGUCUCCAGAUGGAAAAUAUGUCCUGACAGGGGGUCAAGAUGAUCUUGUGUCAAUCUGGUCCGUGACCGAAGCUACCAUUGUUGCACGUUGCCAAGGACAUCAAUCGUGGGUGACAGCGGUUUGUUUCGAUCCAUGGCGUUGUGAUGACAAAAACUAUCGCUUUGGUAGUGUCGGAGAAGAUUGCCGGUUGCUCUUGUGGGAUUUCAGCGUCGGAAUGCUACAUCGGCCGAAAUCUUCUGUACGGCAGAGGGGUAGUAUCUCGUCUCGCUUUGCAAGUCCACUGCAGAGAGCAGAAACACAAACGUCGACAAGCAGAUUAAGAUCAAACUCGAGUGCUUCUGCGGAGGGUGAAGACGAGCAUACAAUUGAGCAUCCAGUAGAGCCUAGAGCUACGACCGCCAUGCUACCACCCGUUAUGUCCAAGGUAGUCGAUCCCGAUCCUUUGUGCUGGUUGGACUUCACAGAAGAGUCGAUCAUCACGAGUUGCAAGAGUGGCCAUAUUCGUACUUGGGAUCGACCUCGAGACACGACAGCAAGCAAGAGUGAAACAACACUAGCAUCUGCGUCGUAAUUUAUGUGUAUUAGUCUCAGAUUCUUUAUAAUCAUAGCACUGGUUAUGGAAUUAUCAUAGUCUA